AUGGCAAAUAGUUUAGCUAUAGCAUCCGUCCAAAUUCUCAGCACGCUUUUUCUAGCAAACUUGAAUAAUUCAAGUCUCCCAAACAAAAGUUGGGACUUUAACCAAUUUGGAACUGUUUUCAUUGUCGAUAAUUUCUUGACACAAAGCAUUUCACCCAGAUCAGCACUAGUUGGUCGUUUGCAGGGCUUAGUUGCAGUGGCAUCCCUUGAUAACAUCAACCUAGAGCUUGCGUUUAUGAUUAUGUUCACUAAUGGAAAGUACAAUGGUAUCACUGUGGAAAUAAAAGCAAUAGUCAUACAGUCUAUGGAUGUCAAUGAAGUUGCAAUUGUAGGAGGAACCAAACAAUUUCAGUAUGCAACAGGGUAUAUUACCUUUGAGACGGUCCGCUCAGUAGGAGAUUAUAUUGUUGGAUCCUUGAUCCAACAUUGGACUUAUAUGUGA